AUGAAACAGUCAUCAACACCAAGUAAUCCACCACCUUUACCAUUACCACCAUCUACACCUGUAUUAACACAUAUUGAUAAAAAUCUUAAAAAACAACUUGAUGAACGUGAAAAACUUUUUCUUCUCUAUGAACAUGAAGGUAAAAUACCUGAAUUAAUAACUGAUAUAAGUCAUUUACAAUCACCACGUCUCUCAACAACUGAUCCAAAUUCUAUCGAUCAUUAUGGUUUUAUACAUGAUAAACCAAUUAAAUCAUUAUCAAUUAAUGAUCGUAAACAAAUUCAACAAGAAAUUAAACGUAGUGAACGUUGGAAUAAAAUGUUACGAAAAGCAAGUCAUACAAUAACAAGAGAUAAUGAACAAUUACGUAGACGAAUGUUUAAAGGUUUACCAAGUACCUUACGUGGUGCAUUUUGGUCCCGGUUAUUUGAUCUUGAUGAACAAUUACGUGUUAACAAAGGUUAUUAUGAUAUAUUAAAAAAGAAAGCUCGAUUAUCAUCAACAUAUUUAAGUCAGAUUGAUCUUGAUGUACAUCGAACAUAUAGAAAUCAUCAAAUGUUCUGCAAUAGAUAUUGCCUAAGACAAAAACAUUUAUUUUCAAUAUUGGCUGCAUACAGUGUGUACAAUACAGAAAUAGGUUAUACACAAGGAAUGAAUCAAAUUGUUGCUUUUCUUCUUUUUUAUUUACCGGAAGAGGAAGCAUUUUGGGCAUUUUGUCAAUUAAUGACUAGUUCACGUUGGAUGAUGCAUGGAUUUUUUUGUCCAGGCUUUCCAAAAUUAUUUCGUUUUCAAGCACAAUUUGAAAAAAUUAUGAAAAAAAUGUUACCAAAAGUUUAUAAACAUUUUCAUACAUAUCAAGUUCAAAGUGAUUUAUAUACAAUUCGUUGGUUUAUGCUUUGUUAUCUUGAUUGUCUACCAUAUCCAUUAACACUUCGUAUAUGGGAUAUAUUUGUAUUAGAUGGUGAACAAGUUUUAUUAACAACAGCAUUUUGUAUAUUACGUAUACAUAGAAAAAAACUUUUACAUUUAAAAACAUUUGAUAGUAUAAAUUCGUUUUUAAAAAAUGAUUUAUGUGUAAAUUUUGCAAAUUCAUCAUUAACAAUUGAUGAAAUAAUUGAAGAAUAUGUUGUAUGUUAUGAAAAAUUAAAACAAAAUAAUUUACUAACAUUACCAACACCAACAGAAAAUGAAAUUCCAAUGAAACCAUUUAAUAUUUCAAUGGGAGAUAUAACAAAAUUAACAGAUAAUACUUCAAAUAAAAUUAUUAAUUCAGAUGAAACAACAAAAGCGAUUGAUACACCACCGAGUAAAAAUAGUACUUCGCCACGUAUAUUAACAACACAGAUGUCACCAAAAGGUACACCGAUACCAGUUAUUGAAACAUUUCUUGUCUCAUCAAUAGCACCAUUAGCAACAGCUGAUGAAGAUUCACCAUCGAUAGUAAAUUUACGUGAUACGUCUAUUGAAAAGCAAUAUAUGGAAAUCAAACGUUUAACUAAACCAGUACAAAUCAAUGAUCAACAAUAUUUAACUGAAUAUGAUAGUUGUACAGUUUUAUCAAGUGCUGAUCCAUCAUUAAGUGGUUAUAGAAGAAGACAAGGACAUUUUGGUGAUGAUGAUGAUGAUACAAUAAGUUCGAAAAGUGAUAUUAUCGAUGAUGAUGAACAUGUACAAAUAUCUCAUAUGAUCACAACAUCAUUUAUUCAUGAUGAUGACUAUGACAAAAUCAAACGUUCACCAUCAUUCUAUGAUAAUGUUGUCGAUAAUGAACAAUCUAAUUAUCAAUAUUUACGUUCACAACAUUAUGCAUUCGAUACGAGUAUUCGAUAA